UGCUUCAAGUGCUUUCCUCUCAGCACUGUCAUAAUUGUGAAAUUCGAAUAACUUUGUAAAUUUUUUGUGGUUUAUUGUUAACAUCCUUUGCUUGAUUUUACAGUUUUAAUCAAGAUACAUUUAUUUUUUGCGUUCAUGCAAAAAAAUGACACGGUUUGCAAGAGCUGAGGGCUCAAAAUCAUCAAAUAGAAAGAUACCGGAUGAAUCAACCCCUUGGCACAUAUUAAAACAACAGCUGGAAGAAGCUCUGACGAAGGAAAAAGUGCAAGGAAGUGAAACGAAUCAAAAAAAAUCAGCCAAACAGUUGCUCAAGGAAGAUGAUCGCUAUUAUGCCGAAUCUUUGGGAAAUAUCAACACUGAUUGGGCAGAGUUUGAUGCACCAAGAAAUAAGAGUUCCUUAAAAAAUGGUAAGGUUGAAAAAAAUCCUACCAAUCAAGAAAAAAAGAUGAAAAAAGUUGUUAAACAGAUGGCUCACGUGGAGGAUGCAUCAACUUCUAACAUUGAAAAAGUAGAAAAAAUUAAGAAUAAAAAAAAUAAAGCACCAAAGUUAUCAAAUGAUGACAUACAAGGUGAGUUGAAGCCAAAUCCACAGAAAAAUAUUGAAAAAUCCAGUGACAAUGACGAAAGCCCAUCUAAGCUUAAAAAGAAGAAAAGAAAAAGAGAGCAAUCCAUUGGAGAAUUACCUAAAAAUGAUCAAAACCUUAGAGUUAACACAGUAAAUGAACUUGAAAAAACGAAAGAAGCGUUAAAGGAUGGUAGUAAGCUCAGUAAACGUCAAAAACGUAAUCAAAAGAAGCAAAAUCAAAAAAAUGAGGAGACUAAAGAAAAUGGCAAUGCAAAAUCGGGAUCGUUUAAUGUUGAAGGGAAUGAUUGGGACUGUUCUGUUAAAUCUAAUGACAAAGUGAAAUCUAAAAAAAGAACAAAUAACAAAAGUUCAGUUACAAAAAGGGAAUGGAUAUCAGAUUUUGAUUUUAAAAACUGGAGAAGAUUUGGUAAUAAUGUACCUAAAAAAUAUCAAAAAAAAGAAGCCAAACCGAAAGACAAUCGAGAGCAUAAGCACAAGAAGACAGAUGAAUCCCCAGUGAAAAUAACUAUCAAUGGAAUGGAUGUAGAAAUUGUUAAAUAUGAUGGUUUUCCAGUUAAGAGAGAAGAUGCUGAAAGAUUGAAGGAGUUGCGGCAACAAAUGGUUUUGAAAGGUAUACCUAAACCUGACAUUGAUACAGCUAUGAAAUUGGAAAGGCGGAAAUGUGAAAAAUCUCUGGCUCGCAUCAGAAAGCAAGUCUGCUUCCAUUGCAGAAAAGCAGGUCAUAACUUAUCUGAUUGUCCGGAGCUUGGAAAAGAAGAAGAAGCCACUGGAAUUUGCUUCAAGUGUGGAUCCACGGAACACACUCACUUUGAAUGCAAAGUCACCAAGUCUGAUGACUACAGGUUUGCCAAAUGCUUUAUUUGCAGAGAACAGGGCCACAUUGCAAAACAGUGUCCUGACAACCCAAAAGGAUUGUACCCUGAUGGAGGCUGUUGUAACGUAUGUGGCGAUGUUACACAUUUGAAAAAAGAUUGUCCAGAUUUGAAUGAGAAAAAAGAAGAUAAUAGUAUUAAAUUAGAUCUUAUUAAGGAUGACCAUUUGGAGUCUCUUGACGUCGACACCGUUAUAAGUAAGCCAGAUGUCAAGCCUAUGAAAAAGAUUGUAAAAUUUUAA